GCGCUUUAAAGAUCUUUCUUUGCAAAGAGGCACACAAGUCAUUUGGCUGGGGUUCGCUCCGCAUUCAUUUUAUAGUCCUCUGAUAAUCGCAGCAGCAGCCAUUGUCGUUACUCUCUUCCCUCACACGAACAAACAAGCACUUCACUGAGCUCCAGCGCUGAUUUCCUGCCAAACAGUAGAGCAGAAACAGGAAAAACACGUACACAUUUUUUCCCCCUUUUUCUUGCCAGCGUUUAACAAACUUCCAAGAGAAAGACGAAGACGAAGAUAACAAGUGAAGCGCUCAGCGUCCAUUAACUGCGGAUACUUUUUGAUUUCCUCUCCCUCUACGUAUAUAUGAAGCACCGCUCUUCAGGCCGCAGCCGCCGGGCCACUCCUGGUGGCACAGACGGCAGCUCCCUCGAAGCCGCCCUUGUCGCCUCCUCGCUGCUGCUGUGGAUUCCCUACUCUCUUGCCGCCAUCUAUGUCGCCUACUGCAGCUCCUUCAUCACCGAAGUUCCCCUCUCGCUGACCGGGUCACCCCCGUCGUCCGUCUCCGCUGCUGCAGCGGGCGGCUCGAUGACGGCAUCCGUGACGAGGGGUACGAGCAGCGCUCAGGCCUUCGCUUCCUCCACCACUGCUGCUGCCGCUGCUGUUGCCGCCGCUGCGGCUUCCUCCCCUGCCACAUCAUUCGUUCCACCAGAUGUCGCUGUCAUGUCGACAGGCUCCGUCGUGGACAGCGAGGCCGCCACGCUGCACCGCUACAGCUCCCUCUACUACUACGCCUUCCCCGCUGACUUCAGCAUUGCGGCCUUUGUGCCGCUGCUUCUGCGGGUGCUGCCCUUCAGCGUGUUGGCCGUCACCGUCACCUUUUACCUCGCCGUGUACCGCUACAACGGUGGGGAGUACUUGAUGGCGGUCGCGUGGGCGCUCGGCACGUGCAGCGGCUACGGCUGGCUCACGACUUUCACCGGCUCCGUCCAGCCCACCUUUGCCUCGAGCGGGUCGGCCAAGUCUCUUCUUGUGUCCGCCACGCCGCCCUCGUGGAUGUGGCUCGUCGUGUCCCUUCUCACCGGGCUCUUCAGUGGCAUCUUGUGCAAGGUGAAGGACAUCGUGGACGGCAAGCACGACCGCGACACGCACUUCUUUCACAUCUUUGACCGGUCCGAUGGCGGCCGUGCGGGGAAGCCGCCGACGGCGCCUCCCACCACCAACCCGAGCGAGCCCCUCGCAGACGACGGCAGCCGCGCCGACUCGGCACCACGACGCCGCCAACGCACUCUGCACGGCUCGACCUCGCACCACCUUGUGAGUCUGGGGGAUCGCCUCUACAUGGUGGUCCCGUUCUGCACCGGACAGUGGUUUGCUUUCAUUGUGCAGCACGGCUGGCGUGGCAUUGUCGUGGAGAACGGGACGAUCCUGCUCUCUCUCGGCCUGGUGGGCUACACGAUGCUGAGUUACAAGUAUUUGAAGCGGCAGGUGCUGCGUGCCUCUGGCCGCGUGACGCGGUCGGUGGCGGCGCGAGGACGCAGUCGGCGCAACCAGCGUCUGCGGCAACAGCAGCAGCAGCAGCGGCAGCAGACCCCCGCCUCGGCUCGCUCGGGGGAGGACUUAAGUACCACCUCCACGCCCUCCGCGGAAGGCGCACCGCGAUCGACGAGUGCAGAGAACAGUAGCAUGGAUUCAAACAGUGCGAACGUGUCUCCGCGGGCUGCUGCUGGACCGGCUCUGUCCGAGGACGACGCGGAGGAGGAGAUCACGGAGUUCUUUGAGGAUGUUGGCGAGGCGGCGUUCAUUGACGUGAUUGACCUCAUUUCAAAGCUUUUCACGACCUCGUUUGGCGUGGUGGUGGCCGGCGUGGUCGGCCUCAACAUCUUUAUGACGUCGCUGUGCAUCCCUUUUCUGAAGGCGCUGUUUAAGCUGAACGCAUUGGUGAGUGGGGUGGGCAUUGUGAUCGAGCUGAUCAUGUACGAAGUGGCAUAG